AUGGCGGGAACCGAGGCUGGGGACGCGGCAGGAGCCGAGGCCCCACAGCCUCAGAAGCGCUACUAUCGGCAGCGGGCUCACUCCAACCCCAUGGCGGAUCAUACGCUGCGCUACCCUGUGAAACCAGAGGACAUGGACUGGUCUGAGCUAUACCCAGAGUUCUUUGCUCCACCGCCUCAAAAUCAGAGCCACGACGACCCAAAGGAUAAGAAAGAAAAGAGAGCUCAGGCCCAAGUGGAGUUUGCAGACAUAGGCUGUGGCUAUGGCGGCCUGUUAGUGGAACUGUCACCGCUGUUCCCAGACACGCUGAUUCUGGGUCUGGAGAUCCGGGUGAAAGUCUCAGACUAUGUACAAGACCGGAUCCGGGCCCUGCGAGCCGCUCCUGGAGGUGGUUUCCAGAACAUCGCCUGUCUCCGCAGCAAUGCCAUGAAGCACCUUCCUAACUUCUUCCGCAAGGGCCAGCUGGCAAAGAUGUUCUUCCUCUUCCCUGACCCACAUUUCAAGCGGACGAAGCACAAGUGGCGAAUCAUCAGCCCCACACUGCUGGCAGAAUAUGCCUACGUGCUGAGAGUUGGGGGACUCGUGUACACCAUAACCGACGUGCCGGAGCUGCAUGAGUGGAUGUGCACCCACUUUGAAGGGCACCCCUUGUUCGAGCGUGUGCCUCUGGAGGAGCUGAGUGAAGACCCCAUUGUGGGACAUCUGGGCACCUCAACGGAGGAGGGAAAGAAAGUUGUACGCAAUGGAGGAAAGAACUUCCCAGCCAUCUUCCGAAGAAUACAGGAUUCCACCCUCCAGGCAGUGGCUCCCACUCCUACCCCUCCUGGUCACUGA